AUGUCCAAGGCUACGGGGGGCGCAGCGGCGGCGGCGGCGGCGGCAGUAGCAGCAGCAGGGGCGGAAAGUUGCUCCAGUCCGGCCGCCUCCGCCGUGGUCGAAGACCUGUCCAAAGUGUCAGACGAGGAGCUGCUCCAGUGGAGCAAGGAAGAGCUGAUCCGCAGCCUCCGCCGCGCCGAGGCGGAGAAGGUGAGCGCGAUGCUGGACCACAGCAACCUCAUCCGGGAGGUGAACCGUCGCCUCCAGCUGCACCUCGGCGAGAUACGCGGCCUCAAGGACAUUAACCAGAAGCUUCAAGAAGACAACCAAGAGCUGAGGGAUCUUUGUUGUUUCCUGGAUGAUGACAGGCAGAAGGGAAAAAAGGUGUCACGCGAGUGGCAGAGACUGGGCAGGUAUACGGCUGGGGUGAUGCACAAGGAAGUGGCCUUAUAUCUGCAGAAACUGAAGGAACUUGAAGUGAAGCAGGAAGAGGUUGUCAAGGAGAACAUGGAACUCAAAGAGCUCUGCGUGAUGCUGGAUGAAGAGAAAGGCGGCUGCGCUGGCAGCCGGGGCUCCAUCGACAGUCAGAUCAGCCUGUGCCAGCUCACGGCCUCGACUGCCCCCUACGUGCGGGACGUGGGGGAUGGCAGCAGCACCUCGAGCACAGGGAGCACUGACAGCCCUGACCACCACAAACAUCAUGCAAGUGGUAGCCCCGAGCAUCUCCAGAAACCCAGGGCUGAGGGGAGUCCGGAACACUCAAAGCACAGGAGUGGGAGUCCAGAACACCUGCCCAAACCGAGGGUUUCUGGGAGCCCAGACCACCAGAAACAGCUCAAAGGACCCAGUCCAGAGCACCACAAAACCAUAGUCAAGGGCAGCCCUGAACAGCAGAAGCACACGGGUGGUAGCCCGGAGACCCUGCCAAAGCAUGUGAUCAGCAGUAGCCCUGAACAUUUUCAGAAGCACAGGCCUGGUGGGAGCCCGGAACACCAAAAGCACAGCAGUGGUAGCCCCGAGCACCUGCAGAAACACAUCUUGAGUGGGAGCAUGGAACACCUUCCGAGGGUGAGAGGGACCAGCCCGGAGCAUCUCAAACAGCAUUAUGGGGGCAGCCCGGAUCAUCACAAGCACAUGGGUGGAGGAGGCAGCAGGGAAGGCACACUCCGGAGGCAGACCCCCGAUGACAUGUCACCUCAUCACAGGAGUGUAUACAGUGGAAUGAAUGAAUCAACCUUGUCCUAUGUUAGGCAGCUGGAGGCAAGAGUAAGACAGCUGGAGGAGGAGAAUCGCAUGCUGCCCCAGGAAACCCAGAAUAGAAGGCAACCUCCAACUAGAAACAGCUCAAAUAUGGAAAAAAGCUGGGGGUCCAGAGCCUGGCGGGUCUGGCUGUGGUGGCAGGGGUGCCGAGGAAUAGGAAGAUGCCUGCCCGCUUUCCCGGGUCCUUUUAGGUUGCCAUCAGGGGCUGAUGGGAAUAACACUUCACCCACCUCUCCAGCUAGCUUCAGCGGACAUACCACACCUUCUCAGCAACCUGAACCAGUGGUACAUACUCUUAAGGUCUUGGAUGUUCAGGAAAAUAUAGAUCAUCAACAGGGUAAAGAGUAUGACCAUGACCUUAGUGAGACAGAAAAAGCUAUAGUCAGAGAAAUGUGCAAUGUUGUGUGGCGGAAACUUGGAGAUGCUGCAGGUUCUUGUCCUGGAAUUAGGCAACAUCUGUCUGGGAAUCAGUACAAAGGACCAAUGUGA